AUGGGGAUGGUUCAACCAACCCUCACAUUGGUAACAGCUUGGGAUGGAACGAAGAAGCUGAUCGGGCUAGGGGUUGUCAUUCACGAUAAUGGUGGAGUUUUGGUGGCGGCUUUGGUUCAGACUGUUCCCCAUAUAACCGACCCUACACAUGCAGAAGCUAUGGCCGCAUGGAAGGCAGUAUCAUUUUGCAGUGACUUGGGACUUCGACGUGCAACAUUUGAAGGGGAUUCCUUACAAGUUGUAUCAGCAAUGCGCAAGGAUGAACCUUGUUGGACCAGUUUCAGUCAGCUUAUUGAAGACUCCAUGGUUUUACUUUCCAGUUUAGAUUAUUUUGAUGUAAGGCACACUCGUAGGACUAGUAAUCAAGCAGCCCACUGA